UAGAACAUUCUAAACGUGCCUAAAGCAAAAUCCCUCAUUCCUUCCUUCUUUCCCCCAUUCUUUCUAAAAAAGAAAAAAAGAAAUUCAAUGCAGAAAAUUGGAGAAGAAAUAUAGCACAAAAAUUUGGGGGGGAAAAAAAAACAAAGGAGGGAAUCAAUAUUGAAUAAAAUAUAAUGGCAUUUUCAUGCAGUUUCAUUGGAAUAAAUAUUUCUGUUUUUGUGUUGGUUGUAUUAUCAUCAUCAAUAGCACAUGCUGCAGAUAGCUCUUGCAGCAAUGACAUCCAUAAUAUGCUGUUGAAGUAUUUCGUUAAUGAAGGUACUAGGAAUUAUGAGCCAGUAGUUGGCUUAACUGCGGCAUUUGGGUCUGUAUUACCCACUGAUACUAAAACCGUCAUGUUGCCUGCUGUUUUUGCACAACCUGAGAAUGGCUGUUCUGCUUCUACCACCAAGUUAUCAGGCUUCGUUGCACUAAUUCGUAGAGGUGAAUGUGACUUUAUAACCAAGGCCACGGUUGCCCAAGAAGGAGGUGCAAGAGGUGUUGUGAUAAUAAAUGAUAAAGGAGGUCCUCUGGAGAUGGCUUGUCCUGAUAAUUCUACCAUAUCAAAUGUAACCAUUCCCGUUGUUUCUAUUUCAAAUGAGGGGGCAAAUACGUUUGGUAAACUCAUCAGUGAUAGAAUUAAAGUUUCGGUGAUGUUAUACUCACCAGAUCGCCCUGUUGUGGACUACUCGGUGUCGUUCAUAUGGUUGAUGGCUGUUGGAACAAUUAUUUGUGCAGCUUUUUGGAAAAAAUUUACUCAAUCUAAGGAUGAUAUUGUGGUAGCCAAGGUGGAUGAUGACGAAAUUCUGCACAUUACUGCAUGGACUGCUAUUGGAUUUGUUAUCUCAGCAUCCACAUUUCUGGUGCUACUUUACUUUUUCAUGUCUACGUGGUUUGUCUGGCUGCUGAUAUUCCUUUUCUGUAUCGGUGGAAUUCAGGGACUGCAUAACUGUAUAGUGACGCUCAUACUAAGCAAAUGUAGAAGUUGUGAAAAGAAAACAUUGAAUUUACCGCUUCUUGGGGAGGUCACUAUUCUGUCAAUAGUUGUCCUAGUACUUUGUGUGGGAUUCGCCAUCUUCUGGGCUUUAAACAGGAAAGAAUCAUACUCUUGGAUUGGCCAGGACAUUCUUGGGAUUGCUUUGAUGAUCACUGUUCUGCAAUUGGCUCAAUUGCCUAAUAUAAAGGUUGCUACAGUGCUUCUCUGCUGCGCAUUCGUCUAUGACAUCUUCUGGGUUUUCCUAUCUCCUACUAUAUUCCAUGAUAGUGUUAUGAUUUCUGUUGCUAAAGGCAACAAUGCUGGUGGAGAAACAAUCCCGAUGCUUAUAAGAGUUCCUAAAUUGACAGAUCCUUAUAAAGGCUUUGAUAUACUUGGCUUUGGGGAUAUUCUCUUCCCUGGUUUGCUAAUUUGCUUUGCGUACAGAUUUGAUGAAGCUAGAAACAAGGGAUCAUUAAAUGGAUACUUCCUUUGGCUGAUGAUUGGUUAUGGGACCGGUCUUGGCUUUGCUUACUUGGCCAUGUAUUUAAUGAGCGGACAUGGUCAACCCGCUCUCCUGUAUCUCGUGCCUUGCACACUAGGAACUUGUGUGGUACUGGGGGCGGUGAGACACGAACUGAAAGACCUUUGGAACAAUAGCGAUGAUACAGAACAAAAGGCUGAAACGCGUCUGGGAAGCACACGUCUAGGAAGCGCGCGUCUGGGAAGCGCUUGAUAAAGCUUUCGAAGAAAUAUAAAGGUCACAAAGCUUAAGCCAGUGGUAUGGGGCAUGCUGCAAAAUCUGUUCAUAGAGUUUGAAGUUUACCAAAGGAAUACUUCACUAUCUUUCUCUUUAUGUAUAAUUUAUGUAUAUCAUUCAUCCUUUUGGUUCUUUCACAUUCAAUUAAUUUCAUUGCAGCUUUAACUUGAUUAUUAUGUAACAUCACAAUAAUCACAGAACAGGGAGAAUGUUGUAACUCAUUGAAUUACUUUCAAUAGUAAAUAAUUCACAUUUCUAUUA